UCUGUUGACAUACAAAGCUAUCCGUCCAAUGUACCAAUUGUGGUGGACAACACACCUCCCAACGAAUCACAGCACACCGUUUGAUUUACUGUUCUCAUUCUUUCAUUGCAUGACAUCACAUGUUUAGUUCGUUUUCACCUACUAACUCGAAAUUAAAUAAAAAAUUCAAAAAAAAUUCAUACAUACAAAUAGAUUUUAUUUGGAUAAAUAUCUAUCAAACUCCACAUUACUCAUUAAUGUCAAUGGCUCUUGAUUAAUUUUCAUCUCUUGCCCAUAUACAAGGAAUGAAGAGAUUGUAGCAUUCCAUCUAUACAUACAUACAUACAUAUAUUAAUUCUUCCUCUCUUCUUAAUGGAUAUUUAUACGAAUUUGGUACCAAAAUUUUAUCUGGGUGCUAUAUUGCUAAUACUUGGGCUAUUGUUUCCUACCAUAAACAAAGCAGGUCUCCUCUCUCUCUCUCUCCCCCCAUAGAAGUGAUUUCAUAUUGUAUGUGCUAGUGUUUGCUCAUCAUUAAUUCUUGUACCCUGUAAAGAGCACAAUCCAUAGGUGUGUGCAAUGGACUAAAUGGCAGCAAUUUACCAUCGGCGCAGGAAACUGUAGACUUAUACAAAUCCGAAGGCAUUGGGAGGAUGCGAAUCUAUAAUCCAGACCAAGCAACACUGCAGGCCCUUAGAGGAUCCAAUAUAGAACUCAUCCUCGGCGUUCCGAACUCAGAUCUUCAACCGCUUGCAUCCGAUGCUUCAGCCGCAACUCAAUGGGUUCAGAAGAAUGUAAUAGCCUACUCACCCGAUGUCAAGCUCCGAUACAUUUCUGUGGGAAAUAAAGUUGAUCCCAACAAUCCUACAAGUCCUUUUGUUCAGUUUGUUCUCCCCGCAAUGCGAAACAUCCACAACGCGAUUGUAGCAGCUGGAUUACAAGACCAAAUCAAGAUUUCAACAGCAACACAUGUGCACCUUUUGGGCAAUUGGUACCGUCCGUCACAAAGCGUAUUUGCAGAGAGGGCACAGUCGUUCAUGGAGCCAAUCAUCGGCUUCCUAAUUAACAAUAGUGCCCCAUUACUCACCAGCAUAUACCCUUACUAUAUCUAUGUUAGUGACACACAAAACUUUCAGCUUCCUUAUGCCUUAUUUACUGAAUCAGGAGUAAUUGUACGAGACGGUUCGUUAGGCUACACAAACCUUUUUGAUGUUUUGUUGGAUGCCAUGUACUCUGCUGUUGAGAAGGUAGGUGGACGGAGUUUGAAGAUUGUGGUUUCGGAGAGUGGCUGGCCGUCUGCGGGUGGUACUGCAGCAACUGUGGAGAAUGCAAACACUUACUAUAGAAAUUUGAUGAAUCAUGUCAAGGGAGGGACUCCAAAGAGGCCAGGGAAGGCUAUAGAAACUUAUUUGUUCGCCAUGUUUGACGAGAACCAAUCUAAAGGGGAAGAGAUUCAAGCUCAUUUUGGCCUGUUCGAUCCUAAUAGGCAGCCUAAAUACCAAAUUUCUUUUAAAUUAGUUUCUUUUUAUUUCUAUUGUCCUGUCAGAUAACUCCCCACAAUACUCUUGGCAAACUCAAACUCUGUAGAUACAAUUACAUAUAUAUGUGUGUGUGUGUGUGUGUCAAAUCUCUCUAAUUCAUUUUAAAAAUUCACCACUAUCUUAAAUGAAAGCAAUUUAUCAAGGUCCAUGGCCUAAUUGUAUCUAAAGAGUUUGAGUUCUUCAAGAGUAUUGUGGGAGUUAUUUGCACACAAAAAGUAAACUAGUAUUAGAAAUCCUUCUAAUUAACUUUAGGGACAAGUGCUGAAAACACUCCUCCUAAUGUAUACUCUUGUAGUACUUUUAUCCUCUAUUUGAAAAGUGUGCAAAUUAAAAUCA